UUUUUUUUUUUUUUUUGUAUUACCCAUCUGUUCAAGCAAUUAAUUUCCAAGUUUCAAAUCAAAGAUAAGGAUGAAAAGUCAAACUUUCAAGAUCGGAUUUUACAUAUUUUUACUAAAAGAUCAUAUCUGGAUUUACAGCUUAUAAAAAAAGAAAAAAAUCCUCAGAUUCGUUCGACACGUGCUCGUCAGAACCUGAGCAGGGUGUCGAGGAAAAAACAAAGCACAGGCAGAAACACCCAGCUCUUUGUUUAAAACCCACUGAGCAGCCUAGCAGGAGUUUGGAAGUCAACAGGAAAAGAUGACAGCCAAAAGGUUCGCAGUUUAAAUCCCAGGAUGGGAUGAGGACACGUUUGAAUCGUUGCCAUGCAUUCUUUCACAGUAGAUGGCGCCAGACGCUGUCCGUGUUGGGAGGGCAUUUCCACUGAAUCCUGCUCAUCUGCUCUAAUGAUGUUGCUUAAUGAAUCGAACACUAAUGGCGUAAGAGUUGGAACUAUCAGGAGAAUAGUGACAGUUACAAAUUCUAGAAAUAUUGUUCAAAUGGCGAAAAUUGCUUCGCAAGUGUGGAAGGCCAAAAGUGCCACAAUAUGUAAAUAUCACCUUCCUAAACUAAUCGCUUAUGCCAUUGUUUUCCAAAAGUGAUUUGUUUUCUUUUUUUCUUUCUUCUGCUUUUAGCCAAAAUCCCUGUUGGCAAAAAAAUUGCAUCAUUGGAUUAUAAUUGUGAAAGUACUUGCUCAAAUAUGCGACAUACAUCUUAUGUAAUCAAUAAUAUUUUUUAAAAAUGUCGGCAUUUAAUUGAAAGCUAAUUGUUUCAAAGUGGAUUUCCUAUGGAGAUGUGACUGUUCUGACUAGCCAGAGGGAAAAAUUUAAGUCAAAACCAUUGAUCCAUCCAUCCAUUUUCUAACACUCUUGCCCCUCGUGGGGUCAGGUGGGGUGCUGGUGCCGAUCUCCAGCUAGGGUUCCGGGCAAGAGGCGGGGUCACUCUGGACUGGUCGCCAGUCUGUCACAGAUGUAGUCAAAACAAUAUUUUUAAUUAUCUAUUUAUCCAAUUACUGUAAAAUGACUUGAUCCGUUAAUAUUUCUAUAACCAGUUUUAAUUUAAUUAACUAAGUUGAUACUGCUGGGCUUCCAUAAAUGUACAACUUAAAUGAUAAUACACAGAUUUAUUUAUUUACACUGUUUAAAUUCUAACAUUUAUAAACAAUAAUUUCUUCAACUGUAAGGUUUAGUCCCUCCCUCCAUAAAUAAUUACAAUAUUUGAGUACUUAUGCAUACUUUGUCUAAUUGUUCAUUGGAUUUUAUUGGGUUUUUUUUUUUUCAUUUGCUCUUUUUUUAAGAAUAUUAAGUCACUUUCCAAUUAUUUGGGGAUUUGCCCUCCAUAAAUUAUUUAUGUAUUUAAAUUCUGUCAGUAAUGCAUAGUGUAUUUUAUUCCAGUUUAAUCAAACUGUGGUAUUUUUUGUCCUCCAUAUGAAGGCAACAUGGUAACCAUAAUCUAAUCAGAAGUGAGUAUGUAGGGUUUUGUGAAUUAUUAUUCAAAUGAAUUAAUUUAAAAUGCAAUGGAUUUACUUGCACAUUUACUUGGAAUUUUAGUUAAUUAAAUUAAAGUAAUUGUGUGUUUGUUAAAUUUAGGCACUUUUGUCAUUCCGUAUUUUCACUGCAUUAAUUUCCAGUUUUAUUAAAACUACUUAUGUGUUAUAUUGAAUUGCGGCACUUUGGGCACUCCAAAGAUUCUACUGCAUUCAUUUCCAAUUUUAUUAAAAGUUUAUCCGUUUCAUUGAAUUGUGGCAGCUUUGGUUCUCCAUAGUGCUGUAUCUGCUACGCUUAAUUACGCGCAUAUAUCACAUGCUAUUAAAUUUAUAACUGCAGACAGGUCCAAUCAGCGAUGUCUGCUCUUUCAUUCGCUCAAUCUGAUUGGUUAGAUCUAUAGGUGUGUCAAGGGGCGUUUCCUGGGGAACAGAACCGCAGCUUUUGACAGCGGAGGGAGGAGGAAGAGGUGACGCGUCAAGGUCCUGACGGAUCCGGUCACAGGACCAAAGCACCUCCCUCCCUCUUUGAUCUGGUCUCCGACAGACUUUCAACAUAAUCUGGAAAUGCUUCGAGUGGCAGCGGCUGAGGUAAUUUAUUAAUUUAGUCAUUAAACUGGUUGUGAUUUUAGUCUAGUAAGCCUGUUUCUUGUAGAUUUUCAACUUUGUUGCUAGCUUACACCAAAACGUUUUGUUUUAGAGUUUCUGAUGCAUUUGUAAACACUCCAACUUAAUCUUUAUUACUCUUAAAACAAAGAAAAUAUAUAAAAGACUGAAUUUAGGACACAUCAAGAACAAAUGGAUUCUGUUCUUGACAAUCUUUGACUUUAAAUAUCAAGUAAGCUGCAGUUCAGCAGUUGUUGAUUAUCAGUCUGUAUCCUUUGUGUCAUCUGGUAACUUGCUUUGUUGAGUGUGGCAGGCGUCAGACGCCACAGCUUCUGUUUCCACUUCUGUGGCGCUAAAGAUAGAGCCCACUGGGAUUGGUGUUCCUCAGGGGAGGUGAAACACAAUGGCUUUCUGAGGUGAUGGGGAAACGUCAGGGGCAGGAGCCGGAGUCAUCCAGAGAAAGGGAAGUAUAGUCACUCAGCAUGGUCAAGUGAUUAUACUUGUUUAGUAAUUUUGCAGUGCAGAGAGACAUUGAAAAUGUUGAUCUUUACUCACCGUUUUUCAGAAAUUAUAUAGACUUCAUCAAGUUGCAACCAAUAAUGCAAAGCUUUUCUUCCAAGACAAAACGGAUGAAACAAGAAAUCUAUAAUAUUAAACAGAUAAAAACUGAUCAAGUAAGUUGAUGUUCAAAGCCCCGCAGAAGUAUGAAACAGAUCCUUAUGAAAGAAUAGUCGACUUGUUUUGCCUAUUUGUACUUUCGUUUUGUAGUUUUUGUCUCUUCCUAUUUACAUGUAGUGAAGUGUUUUCUUGAAGAGAUGAGAAAUUGAGCAAACCUCAUAAUUUUGCACCUUAAUCCUCUUUUUUUAUGGUUCGUAUGCCCUUUGAGCCAUUAUGAAAAAUGACAAAUUACAACCACUGAUCAAACUAAAACAAAAUGGUGAGUAACAUUGUCAGCAACAGAGGUUACCCCGCAUAUGUUUCCUUAAAAAAAAUCAGAUAUUAAGCAAUCAAAGUUUUAAAAGUAUGAAAUAUUGUAUGUUUAGUACAAAAUAUCUUGUUAUAUUUUGUAAACAGAAAUAUUGUGUACAAAACUACAAAUAUUCUAAUGACCCUUAGCUCCACUCACUGUCCUCUGCAGGGCACUUUAGUAUUGGUUAAUGCAGAAUAGAGUAGCAAUACUGAUCGUCAUCUUUCAACUAGGCCAAAUAUCGGUUAUUUAAGAUCCACAAAUGGUGUUUUCCUCAAAUUCGAACCUCCUUUUAAAAUAAUAAGCUUUGAUUAUUGACCGUCACAAGACUGGCUGUGUAAAGGGCGGCCAAACGUGCAAUAAAGCAAACUUUGUGAACUUGCUUUCAGACACAGCCAUUGGGAAAUGUCUGCUGACAGUCUGAUGCCUCAGUCAGUCAGAGGGCAGAUUCUUCACAUCAAAGCCUCUUUGCUGACCUACAGCUGUCUCACGGUUUCACCAUAUGCUCUGUGACGCUCUACAUUCACAGACACACUUUCAUUCUAACGUUACCCAACUGUAGAGAUCUGUCAGGACUUGCCUUCUGAUAUGCAGCAAAACAGACUAGAUAAACAAGAACAAGCCCGCGUUGAUCAAUCACGCUGUCAACGUCUCGACACAAGAGUCCAAACAGGCAGCGUGUUCCAGCGAUAGUUCGUGAAAUGUUUGUUCAGAUGUGGGAACUAAACUUGUUCUGUAGAUUUGUUAGCAUUUCAGUGCAAAUUAUACUGCACUGUAAAUAGAGUAAGUAGUACAGGAAGUUAGCAUGUUGUUAUCUAAACAAGAGAGAGACCAGAUCAUUUGAGAUCCUGAACAAGAUUAGGCAGGUAAAGCACAUGAAUGAAUGGGUACAUAAUGAGCUGUGGACUCAAACGUCAACAAAACAUUUUAUUAACUGAGAGCAUUGUCAUUUAACCCCACAUGGCCAGAAAAAUCAGUUUCUGUGUCUUACUCAACUGAGAAUUUUCUCUAAUCUUCACAGGAUCAAAAUAUUCAUACUGUUUAUACUUCUGUAUGUACAUACGUCCCAUGUACAUGGGUUCACCUAGGUUCUUACAUCCAUGUUAGUCUUACUAGACCUUCACUACCAACAUUUGCUUCAGUUGGGAGGUUAAUCCUCCUAAAGUUGUCCAACUGGUGGUUUAAAAUGCAGCCAUUUUUGAUUAAGGAUCUUGUUUAACCUUGCUUUUGCUGCCGUUCUGUUACAGUCUGGAGAGUGAUGGGUAAUCCCUAUAAGUUUGGAUCCCCGAUCUCCAACAUGGCAGCCGAACUCUACAGCCCCCCAUCGCCUCUUGGGGAAUCCCUCCUGGACAGUCCGCUGUGUGGAGACCUGAUAGAGAAUCUUCCUGACUUUUCCCAGUCAAUAGAAGAUGACUCACUGGGAUUUGAUUUCCCAGAAUACCAAACCACUGGUUCUGGGCCCAGCAGCUCCAUCCCAUUGGAUACUCUGACUCCGGCCUCCAGUCCUUUGCCAGGGGAGUGCGGCGCAUCGCUUUGUCCAGAUGAGGCUAGCGGCCCCCUUAGCCUGGAGUGCAGGGUGUGCACAGACAAAGCUUCAGGCUUUCACUAUGGAGUGCACGCAUGUGAGGGCUGCAAGGGUUUCUUUCGGAGGACCAUCAGACUGAAGCUGGAAUACGAUAAGUGUGAACGCAGCUGUAAGAUCCUGAAGAAGAAUCGAAACAAAUGCCAGUACUGCAGGUUCCAAAAGUGUGUGUCUGUGGGGAUGUCCCACAACGCCAUCCGGUUUGGUCGGAUGCCCCAAGCAGAGAAGCUGAAGCUCAAGGAGGAAAGCAAGGUUGUUGAAACAGAAGAAGAAGACCCGGUCAGGGCCGACCACAAGAUCCUGGUCAGACAGAUCCACGAAGCCUACAUCAAGAACUUCAACAUGAACAAGGCAAAAGCGCGGCUCAUACUAACUGGAAAAACCAGCCAGCCGCCUUUUGUCAUCCAUGACAUGGAGACGUUUCAGCUUGCCGAGAAGACGUUAGCGGCCCACAUGGUAAGGACUGAGUCUGCGGAGCCUGACCCUCAUCUUCAAACUGAGCAGAUAAUCCCGGCGCUGGUUUGUGAGGAGCUCCAGCAAAGGGAGGCUGAGGCCAGGCUCUUCUACUGCUGCCAGAGUACCUCAGUGGAGACGGUCACAGAGCUAACAGAGUUCGCUAAAGCUGUGCCCGGCUUUCAGAGCUUGGAUUUGAAUGAUCAGGUGACUCUCUUAAAAUAUGCGGUUUACGAAGCCCUUUUCACCCUUCUGGCCUCAUGUAUGAACAAAGAUGGCCUCCUUGUGGCCCGUGGCGGAGGCUUCAUCACCCGGGAAUUCCUCAAAGGUCUCCGGCGACCUUUCAGCGACAUGAUGGAGCCCAAAUUCCAGUUUGCCACUCGUUUCAACUCUCUGGAUCUGGAUGACAGUGACCUGGCCCUCUUUGUGGCAGCUAUCAUCUGCUGUGGAGACCGUCCAGGACUCGUGGAUGUACCGCUGGUGGAGCAGCUGCAGGAAAGCAUCAUCCAGGCCCUACGGCUCCACCUGCUGGCCAAUCAUCCAGAUGACGCUUUUCUCUUCCCCAGACUGCUGCAGAAGCUGGCUGACCUCCGGGAACUGGUAACAGAGCACGCACAGUUGGUUCAGGACAUCAAGACAACAGAGGACACUUCACUGCACCCGCUCCUGCAGGAAAUCUACAGAGACAUGUAUUGACAGAACGAGCGGGAGUUCAUAUUAUUGUCAAUAAAUUGCAGUUAAAUUAUCCA